GCAAUCUGAAUUGGACACAUUCAAGCAUUCAACUUCGACCCGGUCGCACAAACCACCUCAUUUUAAAAAUGAAACUGCUCGUCUUCACCGCUCUAUUCGGCCUGGCCGCGGCCGCGUUCGCGCCCAACAACGCCUACCCAGAGCAGUCCAACCGACCCCAGGCCCAGUACGAGAGGAAUGCUCGCAUCCUCGCCUUGGACUCUGAUGUGAAGGAAGACUCUUUCAGAUACAACUUUGAGACUGAGAACGGAAUCAAGGCUGAGGAGCAGGGACGUGAGGCCGACGGCAUCGAAGCUCAGGGCGGCUUCCAGUACACCGGUGACGAUGGGCAGAUCUACUCCAUCAGCUACGCCGCCGGCCAGGGCGGUUUCCAGCCCCAGGGCGCCCACCUCCCCACCGCCCCGCCCACCCCUGAAGCCAUCCUGAAGGCUCUGGAGCAGAACGCUGCUGAUGAAGCUGCCGGCAUCAUUGAUGAUGGUCAGUACAACCCUGGCAAGUACGGCGACGCCCCCGCCGCAGGCUUCGGAGGCCAGCAGGCCUUCCGCGCGCAAGCAUCCGCUUCCGCCGGCUUCAGGAAGAACUACAAAUACUGAAUACCUCCGUCAACGCCAUCUAGUGGUUGUACCUUGAGAUACUAGCGCAGUGCUUUUUGAUCGUCUACGUUGACCGUGUGGUUCAAGUUAGCUGUUAAUGAUCUUAAAUUUUGUGGUAUAAAAAGACAGAAGACGACUUCAAUGCGGCGGUUUUUUGUUUUUUGAUACUAAGUUGUAAGUUUGCUUGUUAAACACGGUUACAUAGGAGUUGAAAAGGGUUCACUUAUUGCCAGUUUCUAUAGCUCUAUCUACCUAUGAGUAGAAUUACUUUCAUACGAUUUAUGUACUAAAAAGUAACUGCGAUUCUUCGGUAGGUACAGUUAUUGAAACUGCUGGUAAAAAACACAGUAAAGUCAGUUUCGGAUGGGUCUGUUGAAAAUUGUUAAGUUUAGUCAGUGUAGAGGCUCAAAAUGUAUGUUAGUUUUGUAUGAUAAUCAAAAACAUACCUUUUGGAUACAGGGAAAGUAUUUUGUAAUGAAAUUUUGUAGUGCCAUUUCUAUUAAAAGCUCGUAGUACCAUCCGAAGCUAUACAGGAGUGCUAGCAUGUCAAGGUAUCAAUCAUUAGAUAAGUAAUAAUUAUAGUCAUAAAUAUAAUAUGUGUGAGUUUGAUAUUAUUUAUUCUGUGAAUAAAAUUUUACAUUGCUUUUUGUGAAAA